GUCUCGUGUGCGGUGGUCUGGGCUGCCGCUGCCGCCGCCGCGAUGGGCAAAACUACCGACUUUCGGGGUCCGGGAGCCCGGCCCGAUCCGGUGCGGAGCUUCAAUCGCUGGAAGAAGAAACACAGCCAUAAGCAGAGUCAAAAGAAGCAGUUGAGGAAGCAGCUAAAGAAGCCCGAGUGGCAGGUCGAGCGCGAGGUUAUCAGCCGCCUCAUGCUGAACUACGGGAAGAUAAAUGUAAAUGAAAUAACAAGAUUUUCAGAUUUCCCCUUGUCUAAAAAAACAUUGAAAGGUUUGCAAGAAGCCCAGUACCGUUUGGUAACUGAGAUACAGAAGCAGACCAUUGGGUUGGCUUUGCAAGGUAAAGAUGUCCUCGGAGCUGCCAAAACUGGAUCUGGCAAGACUUUGGCUUUCCUUGUUCCAGUGCUGGAAGCCUUAUAUCGUCUACAGUGGACCUCCACAGAUGGCCUGGGGGUUCUGAUUAUAUCACCUACGAGAGAGCUAGCUUAUCAGACCUUUGAGGUUCUCCGAAAAGUAGGAAAGAAUCACGACUUUUCUGCUGGUCUCAUCAUCGGUGGGAAGGAUCUGAAACAUGAAGCUGAGAGGAUCAAUAACAUAAAUAUACUGGUUUGCACACCGGGUCGACUUCUUCAACACAUGGAUGAAACAAUAUGUUUUCAUGCUACUAAUCUCCAAAUGUUAGUUCUUGAUGAAGCAGACAGAAUCUUGGAUAUGGGCUUUGCUGAUACCAUGAAUGCUAUUAUAGAGAAUCUUCCCAAGAAACGUCAGACCUUGCUUUUCUCAGCAACACAAACCAAAUCUGUAAAGGACCUUGCACGUUUGAGUUUGAAAAACCCUGAGUAUGUCUGGGUUCAUGAAAAAGCUAAAUACAGCACCCCUGCCACGUUGGAGCAGAACUACAUAGUUUGUCAGCUGCAGCAAAAAAUAAGUGUACUCUAUUCCUUCUUGAGAAGCCACCUGAAGAAGAAAAGUAUUGUAUUUUUCUCCAGUUGUAAAGAGGUUCAGUAUCUGUUUCGAGUGUUUUGCCGGCUACGUCCUGGUAUUUCUAUCCUUGCUCUGCAUGGUCGACAGCAGCAGAUGAGAAGAAUGGAAGUCUAUAAUGAAUUUGUUCGCAAGAGAGCUGCAGUACUCUUUGCUACUGAUAUUGCAGCCAGGGGAUUGGAUUUCCCAGCUGUGAAUUGGGUUCUUCAGUUUGAUUGUCCUGAAGAUGCCAACACAUAUAUUCACCGUGCAGGUAGAACUGCCAGGUAUAAAGAGGAUGGGGAAGCUUUACUAAUUUUGCUGCCCUCAGAAGAGAAAGGGAUGGUGCAGCAGCUCCUCCAGAGGAAAGUGCCUGUGAAGGAAAUCAGAAUCAAUCCAGAAAAACUUAUUGAUGUCCAGAAAAAACUGGAAUCAUUUUUAGCUCAAGAUCAAGAUUUAAAAGAAAGAGCUCAAAGGUGUUUUGUCUCCUAUAUACGUUCAGUAUAUCUGAUGAAGGAUAAAGAAAUAUUUGAUGUGAGCAAGUUACCUAUACCUGAAUAUGCCCUGUCUCUUGGUCUUGCUGUGGCACCACGGGUAAGAUUUCUUCAGAAAAUGCAGAAACAACCGAACAAAGAAUUGAUAGUGACCCAAGAUAAAAACGUAAGUGAGCCAAGGGCCCCCUCCCUCACCAGUGAUGAAGUGGAAGAAUUUAGAGCAUACUUCAGUGAGAAAAUGUCCAUCCUUCAGAAAGGUGGGAAAAGACCAGAAGAGACAGAAGAUGGACUGGCUAAUGGCAUUAGUGAUGAAGAGGAAGAAGAAAAGGAAGGUGAAGAAGUGGAAGAGAAACUGGGAAAAGCAAAAGGGUAUCAACCUCAUUCUGGCCCUAGCACUGAUGAGUCACAGAAGCACAAGGAAGCUCCCAUGCAGUUCUUGGACAGAGAUGAUGAUGAUAAUGAGGAGGAAGAAGAUGAACUCGGAGAUGAUUUCUUUAAGGUGAAGCGACACAAUGUGUUUGGGUUGGACCUUAAAGAGAAUAAAGCAUUACAGAAGAAAGAAUCUUCUAAAUCCAGUGUCAAGAAAAAAGUGACCAAAGUCGCAGAAGCGAAAAAAGUAAUGAAGAGAAAUUUUAAAGUGAAUAAGAAAAUAACGUUUACUGAUGAAGGGGAGUUGGUUCAGCAGUGGCCACAGGUGCAGAAGUCUGUCUCGAAGGACACUGAGGAAGAGGACGACACUGGUGGUAUCAAUUUGGAUAAAGCAAAGGAAAGGCUUCAAGAAGAGGACAAAUUUGACAAAGAAGAAUAUAGAAAGAAAAUUAAGGCAAAGCAUCGGGAGAAAAGAUUGAAAGAAAGGGAAGCCAGAAGAGAGGCCAAUAAGAGGCAAACAAAGGCCAAAGAUGAAGAAGAAGCCUUUCUGGAUUGGAGUGAUGAUGAUGAUGAUGGAUUUGAUCCAAGCACACUUCCAGAUCCAGAUAAGUACAGAAGCUCUGAAGAAUCAGAUAGUGAAGAAAUGGAAAAUAAUAUUAGUGACAACAAGAAGAAGCAGGGGAUGAGGAAAAGGAACAACAGUGAAGUGGAGAACAUGGGACUCACAAGUCGUAACAGAAAGAAGGCCAAGUGGGAAGUCUUAGAGCCGUUGGAUACGGGCCUGUCUUUGGCAGAGGAUGAAGAACUGGUGUUACAUCUGCUCAAAAGUCAAAGCUAAAUACUUCCUGCUUCGUCUUCUCCUCGAAACCUCUGGUCAUGGUUAUGUGGACAAGAAGUUGAAAGGCUGUCGGCUUUGGGGAAGUUAGAUAACGUGAGUCCCAGGCCUGAAGAAAACAUUCCAGGCAGAAGUGAAAGAACCCAAGCCGCUUUCACAGCAAACUCCAUGUGAGGGUGGAUCCUAAACGUCUUGAUCCCUUUUCCAGCAUGUGCUCUGGUAGAUUGUUUUCUUGGGCUUUAUCCUGUGACAUCUUGUCAUUGGAAGUGCUUUCUUUGUUUUAAUAGCAAGUUCUGGAGACCUUGUUUCAUUGUUAGGAAUUUCUUUUCUUCUUAUCUUACAAAAGUGUCUAUGCUGUUAAAUAAAAUUGCUCACAGUUUUGA